AUGUCGACGCGAGCAGCUUUCCGCCGCAUUGCCCCUGCUCUCGCGCGCUCCCGUACAACACCCGCAGUCGCAGCUCGUCGCGCUGCCCUUGCACGCGGAUAUGCAACCCAGAGCGAACACACCGUUACUGUCCGUGAAGCUCUCAACUCCGCAUUAGAGGAGGAGAUGAUACGGGACGACAAGGUGUUUAUCAUUGGUGAAGAGGUUGCUCGGUACAAUGGUGCAUACAAGGUCACCAAGGGUCUCAUGGACAAGUUUGGUGAGAAGCGUGUCGUGGAUACCCCCAUUACGGAGAUGGGUUUCGCUGGUAUCGCAACUGGUGCCGCGUUUGCUGGUCUGCGGCCAGUCUGCGAGUUCAUGACGUUCAACUUUGCGAUGCAAGCCAUCGACCAGAUCAUCAACUCAGCCGCAAAAACACACUACAUGUCCGGCGGAGGUGUUUGCUGUCCCAUUGUCUUCCGUGGUCCCAACGGUGCCGCUGCUGGUGUCGCAGCACAGCAUUCACAAGAUUACGCGGCCUGGUACGGUUCCAUCCCGGGACUGAAGGUCGUCAGCCCGUGGAGUGCAGAGGAUUGCAAGGGUCUGCUCAAGGCUGCUAUCAGGGAUCCCAACCCGGUUGUGUUCCUUGAGAAUGAGAUGAUGUACGGUGUCAGCUUCCCGAUGCCUUCGGAAGCGAUGUCAGACAACUUCCUGCUCCCCAUUGGCAAGGCGAAGAUAGAGCGAGAAGGCAGCGAUGUCACCAUUGUCGCACAUAGUUUAGCAGUGACACACAGUAUGAACGCAGCUGACAUGCUUGCGAAGGAAGGUAUCAAGGCAGAGGUCAUUAACCUGCGCAGCAUCCGCCCGCUCGACAUUGAGACUAUCAAGAAGUCAAUAAAGAAGACGAACAGACUCGUUGUUGUCGAGGGCGGUUUCCCCGGCUUUGGCGUAGGUAGCGAGAUCUGCGCUCAAGUGAUCGAGAGCGAGGCCUUUGACUAUCUUGAUGCGCCGGUCGAGCGUGUUACUGGUGCUGACGUUCCUACGCCGUAUGCCGUGAACUUGGAGGCGCUCGCUUUCCCUGCGGCUGAUGUUGUCGCCAAAGUGGCGAAGCGCGCACUCUACAGGACUAACUGA